GAUUGUCAAAAUCGGCAAAAACAGCGCGCGCGCACAACACUCGUUUGUUGUCAAUCUCAUUGUCAACAUUUCUUUUUAAUAAUAAUUAGAAGAUAAAGCCUGAAUGCUUCCCGCAAUUUUUGAUAUAGUAACUUAGUUAAUCUUGUAAAGAUGUUAUGUGUGAUGUUUCGCUGGUAGUUAAUUUUUCUUAAGGUCAUUAACCCCUUGAAUCUGUUAGGAUGUCCAAAACGCGGAUGUAUCCCGUUUACGGGAAAACCCCAGCUUGUUCAAUACAAUCUCGACUGGAAGAACGAAGAAAUAAAGCAAAAGCCUCAAGACUAGAGCAUAAUCGAAGAACUGACAAGCCUGAAGACUUCAUUACUUAUGAAGAUAGUGACAGUGAUGAAGAGACUGUAGCAAUGCAAAAAGAAGUUUUAAAUACCUCGUACAACUUUGUAGAUUACAUUAAAAGUAGGGAAAUGUAUGCCAAAAACAUUACUUCUGUGUUACGUGACUAUGGGUCUCGUCAUAUUCUCACGCAUGAAAUGUUUCGUGAAACCCCCGUUACCUUGGGUAACAUGAAUAAAGUAUUUUGUUCUCAGUGGUUGAGUGACAGGCAGGUUGUUUUUGGUACAAAGUGUAAUAAGUUGAUGGUAUACAAUGUAGUAACACAUAAACUCGAUCAAAUCCCGUCUUUAGUGAGUAGGAGAGAUAGUCUGGGGGCUGAGCAAGCUCACUGUGGCUUACAUUCAGUACAAAUCAACCCCUCAAGGACGCUUCUAGCAACAGGGGCCCGAAACACGUGUGAUGUAGCAGUAUACAGGUUGCCAACCCUUGAUCCUGUUUGUGUGGGUGAAAAUGCGCAUAAAGAUUGGGUGUUUGACAUGUGUUGGUUGGAUGAUGAGUUUCUGGUCUCUGGGUCAAGGGACACGAAAAUGGCUCUUUGGAGGAUAACGCCUGACUUGUUUGAAAAUAAAACGGAGGUCCCUAUGUAUCAUCAUGUUUCUGCCAUUUCUGUAAAAGAGUGUCGCAACUCACAAAGGGUCAGGGCUUUGACUUUCAAUAAGGCCUAUGAGGAAAUUGCAGCGUUGAGUUUAAACGGUUACAUCCACAUAUGGAACGCAGAAACUUUUAAACAGAAAUUGUCUAGAAAAUUGCCUUCUACGCAAGAAAAUGUGUGUUUAGCGGUCCAAGAAUCAGGAUUAUAUGCAAUUGGGUGCAGGUCAUACACAUUGCUAUUAGACUGCCGGACGCUUCAGGCCGUUAAAAAGGUUUCUUCGCGUUAUUCUGGGUGUGGAAUAAGAUCAGCCAGUUUUCAAGGUGAUGUACUAACUGUAGGAACUGGGUUAGGGAUGUUAAUGUUUUAUGACUUGAAAGCUGGAAAAUAUUUAGAUUCUAGUAUAAAUUCUUCACGGACGGUUGUACUUAAAACCAGUAGAGGCUAUGUGUUUCCUGACGACGAAUUCGUAGAUAAUAUACAGAAUGUAAAAUACGUUCCCGCUAUUUAUACACAUUGUUACGAUACUAGUGGAACGCGAUUAUUCACUGCCGGAGGGCCCUUGCCGGCCACACUAACAGGAAAUUAUGCAGGUUUAUGGCAAUAGUUGAAUUAAAUCCUAGUAUUAAGAAUGAAAUUAAGUUUGAAAUACUAAAAGACAAGGUCAAUAAUAAAAAGAAAACUUAUAUUGUAUGUAUAGUUUUAAAUGGCUUUAUUGUUGAUGGAUGUACUUGUGCAAUGCAUUCCUUUUUUAUUUUUGAUUUUUUUGUUUAUCAAGUGGACUAGUCAUAUUUUAUACUUUCGCCUCGUCACACUGUACAUACAACAUAAGGUUAUUUGUUCUGUAAUUGUGAUAUUAAUAUUUACUGAAUAAAAGGGUGGCAGACCUCGGUUUAUUUCUGUCUUUUUCA